AUGUCCAACGCACAAGCGCACGCACACGAACUACAUACCCUGUGGGGGACUGGACAGAAUUGUGUAGGGGUGGGAAUGGAUGACUUCCUAUUGGUGAUCUUGGAUUUGAUGGGCGUGUACCUUGGAGGGAUGGAGGCAUCGACUGUGAUGACGCUACGCGGUGAGAUUGUUCUCCGUCGCUCGCGAAGUCGCAAAGAAGCCGAUUGCAGUUUGCCGCGUCUGGCGAUAGAACUAUCGCUCGGGUUCCGACAUCCGAAGGGCAGGGCAAGGGCAAGGGAUCUGCAAUCGCCUCAGUCCAGUCCAAACCACAUACCACUCGCAGCCAUGGCUAACCCACCUCACGGCGGAAUCCUCAAGGAUCUCAUUGCCCGCGAUGCGCCCCGAAGAGCAGAGCUCGCUGCUGAGGCCGAAAAGUUGCCAGCCAUUGUCCUCGGUGACCGCCAGCUGUGCGAUCUCGAGCUGAUCCUCAACGGAGGCUUCUCACCUCUGGAGGGCUUCAUGAAUGAGAAGGAUUACAACGGAGUGGUGGAGAACAACCGUCUGGCGGAUGGAAACCUCUUCUCCAUGCCAAUCUGCUUGGACUUGACCAAGGAGGCCAUUGAAGAGCUUGGUGUCAAGCCCGGCGCUCGCAUCACACUGCGCGACAGCCGUGACGACCGCAACUUGGGAAUCUUGAACGUGGACGAUGUCUACCAACCGGACAAGCAGAAGGAGGCCAAGGAGGUCUUUGGUGGUGAUCCAGACCACCCAGCUGUCAAGUUCCUCUUCAAUCAGACCAAUGACUACUACGUCGGUGGUAAGAUCGAUGCCAUUGACCGUCUCAUGCACUACGACUACGUCGGCCUCCGCUACACUCCUGCCGAACUACGCCUCCACUUCGAUAAGCUUGGCUGGUCCAAGGUCGUCGCUUUCCAAACCAGAAAUCCCAUGCACCGUGCUCACCGCGAGCUGACUGUCCGCGCUGCCCGCACUCGCCAGGCCAACGUCCUCAUCCACCCGGUCGUUGGCAUGACCAAGCCAGGUGACAUUGACCACUUCACUCGUGUCCGCGUAUACCAGGCCCUGCUUCCUCGCUACCCCAACGGCAUGGCCGUUCUCGGUCUGCUACCAUUGGCCAUGCGUAUGGGAGGUCCUCGCGAGGCCAUCUGGCACGCGAUCAUCCGUAAGAAUCACGGAGCUACACACUUCAUCGUCGGCCGUGACCACGCUGGUCCAGGAAAGAACAGCAAGGGAGAGGAGAUCUACGGCCCAUACGACGCACAAUAUGCCGUCGAGAAGUACAGGGACGAGCUUGGAAUCGAGGUCGUGCCAUUCCAGCAGAUGACAUAUCUCCCCGAUACCGACGAGUACAUGCCCAAGGACGAGGUGCCAAAAGAGGUCAAGACAUUGGAUAUUUCCGGUACCGAGCUUCGCCGUCGUCUGCGAACGGGAGGUGACAUCCCAGAGUGGUUCUCAUACCCCGAAGUCGUUCGCGUCCUCCGCGAGUCUCACCCACCUCGCAACAAGCAGGGUUUCACCGUCUUCCUCACUGGCUACACCAACUCCGGCAAGGACGCCAUUGCCCGUGCAUUGAACGUCACUCUCAACCAGCAAGGUGGCCGCUCCGUCACCCUUCUCCUCGGCGAGAGCAUUCGCGGCGAGCUCUCCUCCGAAUUGGGCUUCUCCCGCGAGGACCGCAACAAGAACAUCCAGCGCAUCGGCUUCGUCGCGUCAGAGCUCACUCGCUCCGGCGCAGCAGUCAUCGCGGCGCCCAUCGCUCCCUUCGCCGACUCCCGCAAGGCCGCCCGAGAACUCGUCGAGAAGGCUGGAUCUUUCUACCUCGUGCACGUCGCUACCCCUCUUGAGCACUGCGAAAAGACUGACCGCCGUGGUAUCUACGCCAAGGCACGUCGCGGUGAGAUUAAGGGCUUCACCGGCGUUGACGACCCGUAUGAGGCACCGGCGGGCAAGGAGGCGGAUCUCGUGGUGGACAUUAGCAAGGACAAUGUCCGCACGGCGGUCCACCAGAUUGUGUUGUUGCUCGAGGCGGAGGGUCUGUUGGAUCAGUUGUAAUUGUAUCAUAUGAGGCACGUGUGGUGCAUGCUGGAUAGAUAAAAUGGUGUUGAAGCGCUGCUGCUAUGGCCACCUUGCUGCAUGGCCUACAAUAGAUAGACAAACGACAUGGAUUGUCACUUGUUUUUG